AUGCAUCCAGAUCUUUCCAGCUUACUGCGCGCUCUCCAAUUGCAGAAAGGCGCCCAGCGCAAGGUGCCACGAAAACAGCUCGCCGCGUGCGUCACAGUGUUAUUCCCCGAUCCCGCUAACUGCCAAUCUUCUGGUCAGCCCAGACAUGAGCCUCGCAAUAGCUCAAGCCGCUAUGUUUCUCCGGGUUGGCAAGACGCACUUGCCCUGUUGGAGCUAUCUCGCUACUCUGUCUCACCACGUACGCAAGAAAAGGUGCCAGAGUCACAUCCCUCUGCUAAUACAGUCGAAACUGAAAUAGCAGAGACGAUACUUAACCUCGGGCGGUUUCCCAUCCAUUCUGGUGGCUGGACAAUUGCGCUCUCCGUGCUGGAAAGAUGGCGACAGCUCCAAGGACCUGCGCACAGCAGGUCUUUUCCAAGUUCGCUAUCCGUUGCUGCAGCUGCCAAUCUUGCCUACUUGCUUAGUUUUAUCAAGUCAGCUGGGGAAGAGGGGGCCUCUCCCUCGUGGCAAGAAGUUCUGGGCCUGUACCAACAUGCCGUGCAGCACACCCUCAACACCGCGACUGACUCCCGCACCGAUCCCUCCCUGCUUCGACGGAUGCGACACACUGCAUCGUCCGCACUUCUGCACAAUGGGGAGUGGCUGAGGGCGCUGCACCUCUUCACGCACUCCCUCUACCAACGUGACGCGCCCGAUUGCGUGUCGACCGGCCACCUGAUUCAACACCUCGGCAGGAUGCAGCAAUGGGAGGCAGCGUUUCAGGUAUACAAUCUGUGCGUCGCGCUACUGCAGCGCGAGCGAGCGACCCCAAGGUGUAGGCGGUCGGUUGAGCUUCAACAGAAACUGGCUAAACAAUGGGGAACCACCCUCUCAAUGGCCAUGACUGCGGUAAGUAAAGAGGGCCAUCAGCCACACCUGUUGACGUCGAUGCUGGAGGCCUUGUUGCGUGCGUCGGAAAAGCUGCCACCUCCUUCCUCCUCUGGGUCUGCCUCCUCCACGCCGUUGGUACAGCUGGACGGCAACUUUUUGGACGCGGUACAGUCAGUGGAGAGUAAAACGGAGAGAGUUGAGAUCCUGGAAAAGGCUCGGCAGGCGAAUCUUUUAGACUACUACAAGCUUAUACGUGGCCUGACAUCUAAAGGUAAGUUAGAUGAGGCGAUGGCUGUGUUCAAAGAAGCCAUACAGAGCGAUCCACCUAGUCUCUCUCGUCGCGAAAUAGGUUUGAGUCGUCUUCACUUACUCCACAUCAGCCCUCCUGAACGUGUUGAAGCAACGGUUGCGGCGUUACACCAAGUAGCCAGUUGGCGGAGAAGCUCUGAGCUUCUUUUAAACGACUCGGAGGUGGAGUGCGUCCUGGCGAAGGCACUCAAGAUAACCACAUCGCCUCCUCUACCGUCCUUGCCUGCCUCCUCCACAUCCACGUCCGCAAAGGAGUUUCGUGCCUCAAGUUUUUGGAUGUACUGUUUACAAAUUCUAGAGAAAAACUAUCCAGAUUUCUGGCAUGUCGGCGCCAAGGCCUCUCGUAAACCGACAUUGGCGUCGCUUUCCUUUCUAUUACGGAACGCGAGCCUUCCAUGGCAAAUAGCGCUGCUUAUCGUCAAUAAGCAAAGAGACCUUCCUGAGGAGAGCCCAUCUGCAGCACCGCAAAAGCAGUGGGACACACCCUUCCCAUCGACCACCAUCGCAAGCUGCGCCGCUGACGAAACGCAAUCGGUGCCAACGAGGGUCCUUCUCCUCAAUGCUGCGGCGCAGCUGUUGUAUGAUCAAGGGCAAUCGUCAAGAGCUGACGAACUUUCUUUGAGCGUCAUCCGAGACUUCCAGGUAUCUCCAUCCGCUACAUUCUUGAUGCGGUGCUCGUGGUCUAUGUUGGCGCAAGUCCUCUUUCAAGGAGACGUGAGUGUGGACUCACGCGUGCUUUUUCAUAUUCUACAUGAUCAUCGUUCUAAUAAUAGCCAAGAUCCAAGUUAUUCGCUCCGCCCGUUUGUCAUUGUGUCACUCCCCAUGGACGCGCAUGCUAACGACGCUAGAGGAAGCUGGCUGCCUGAUAGAGUCUUGGCUCACAUUAAUGGUGAUGUAGACUUUAAACAGUUGUUGUCGAAAUCCGAGCGGCACGCUUCAGAUGCCUCUAGCACAACUCUACACAAGCAACCCUCACACCGAUCGUAUCUGACGUGCGUUCCCGGAUCGAUCCAUGUGGAAGUACUUAGGAGGCUUGCUGAGCCGGUGCCGUGGGCUGAUGAGGAGCUCCGUUGGGAGCUUGUGGUGUCGUACCUCGAUCGUCUCGCUCCGCCACUACCGCCACCUGCUGCAGAGGACACGGGUGAUUCAGAAUCCCGUGAAAAGAUACACGAAAGGUAUUACUGCGCAGUAUAUGAAGCAAUCCUGACCUUACUGCGGCUUCUACCAGACCUGCCUUUCACAGCUCCAUCCAAGACUGACGCUUUGCUCUCGGCCAACCUCGUGUGUGGAGAUCCUGACCACUCCCCGCUGGUAUUACCGUCAGUGCAAGAGAAAAUACGUCUCCUGCAGCAGCUGAUUGGGUGCGCAAUCACCCAACUGCAAUUCAUUCCCCCCGCGCAUAUGCUACUACCCAACCAAACAGAUCGACUGCUGCCGCGGCUUCCCGUGGCCGAGGGAAAAAGCGAGCGGGGGCUCGCGGAAUCCGUCGCGCGCUGCGCGGUUGCCGAGGCCCUCGUGCGGUCCAGUUGCGAGGUUUUGCAGGGGCGCGCGGCGGGGCCGGGCCACGGCCUGUCCUCCUUGGGGCCAGUGACCUUUCACCGCCUUCUGAAACUGUGCUGCCGCGUGGGGGAGUACCAGGCGGGGUGGGGACCGACGGAACAGCCCCGGGCGACAGGGGGCAUCAAGUGGCCAGGAGAUACGCCGUCCCUGGAGGCCUGCGCACAGCAACUGAUCCAAUGGCAAGGCGAGCGCUGUGGGAUCCACACCGUCAACCCCGGCAGCCUCCUCCUGCUGUAUAAGCUGUGUGCGAUUCGAGGUCAGCAAUGGGAGCGCGCCUUGCGGGUAACGAGGGACUUGCUUGACUUAGAGGAAAGGGCAGAUCGGGCGGAGGAAAAGAAAGAAGGUGGUGGUGUCUACCUUCCUGAGGGCUCCCUCUAUAAGCGAGUUAAUCGUGAGCCCACUCAUCGCGGGAAGCGCGUCGUGCAGGCAAGGCAUUAUCAGCUGUAUCAAAGUCUUUUCGGUUGGGAACACGGUCUGCAGUUGUGGUUUGAUCACUUUCCGAAUGAAGUCAUGCAACGUGUGAGUGAAAACCCUGAGGCGAUAAACUGGUGUUUUUCCGUCUCAGACGCCAGAAAGAAGUGAUUCAGGGAGCUGUUUUGGGGAACGAGGGGGGUAAUAGUUGUCUGUUGCAUAGUCUUAAUUCGCCCUUUCGUUACCACGCUUUCCCUCACCCCUGUUAAUAGGGCUGGUGUCUUCAAAAGAAUGGAAAAAUGAGUGAUGCUUUGUUGAGCAUCGUUAACGUUGUCUAUUAUAAGGUAUGUACAAAAGAUCACCCUUCUCGGAUGUGAAACUGAUUUUGCUAUACCCUCCCCCUUCAUCCAUUAUCAUCAUUAUACCUCUGUCCUCACUUUGUAUUGAAUCCAAAGUCAUCUACACAGUAAACACUUUCAAGAUUCUUCACAGAUAGACGUAAUAAAAAGAAGGUGAAACUCCUUGUUUCCAACCAGUUCGCUAAUCAGUCUAUCAGGUAAUUAAGACGAUAAAUUCGAUAGCUUUGCCAAAUAAUCAGCCUUUCGUUCUUUCGGAUUUUAUUCUAGUGCGCUGAUACACACGUUCUGCACUACACUAUAGUUGUAUGUUUGUCAUAAUGGCGACUUUCAGCAGCAUCGAGAUGGAAGAUUCUGAAAGGAAUGGUAUGCUUAUGAAUAAAUACCAUGGCUCCCAAUCGUCCCAUGGCACGAUCUUUAUCAAUUCUGAUUCAUCCUACGAUUGGGCUAAUAUGUUUAUACUACUGGGAAUUGCCCUUACUAUCUCGGUGAUCGUCUGUGGCGUCAUUCUCAUUGCCAGAUACAAGCAGAAGCUCAGGCGACGUAAUACGGAACGCUGUCUAAGUCUUGCAAGUGAGUCUAAUAUGAUGUCUAGAGAUGGGUAUGACUCCAAUAGGAUAGAAUCUACUAACGCCAAUCACAUUCCACAUCCAGGAAACGAAACCUCUUUUGUUAGUGACACCCUCACAUCCCAGGUCACGAUGCCUUACAGGAAUGAUAAUACUAAAAAUACAGUUGUAAACGUGCCCCAUGCGGUAAGGAAUCCCCAUCUAAACGUGCUACAGAGGUUUGCAACUCAAAAUGAAAACUGUCCUGUUCCCGAACAUCAAGGAUAUCCCCACCCCAACGCCCGCGAGGAAUACAAGUUGAAAGAUCAGAAGCGUCUCUCAUGUGCGUAACAGAACGUCUUAGACGUGACGAAUUCUGUAAAUUUCUUAUGCCAAAAUCAUGUUUCACCCUCUAGCUUGAAAGGAAAUGUAUAAAUAAUGGUAUAAAUUCUAAUUUAUCUAACUAUUGUCUUACUGAAAUGUUUCUAUGUUGUGGAGUUACCAUAAGGUUGAAAUUUCAGCUGUCUUUUUGAUGUUUGUAAAAGUCUUAUUAACGAAUGUAUCAUUCCAUCACUGAUGUUGUUUUAUUGAUUUAUAUAUUCAUAUUAUCUUGAUUGGAUAUUUUUUCUGAGUUGUGAGUCACGCCUUACAUUAUUUCCAGAUUUUACUCACUUAUGUGCAUAAAUCCCUUUUCUUUAUUGAAUCAAAUUAAGAAAGUGUCAUUUUUUUUGUUUCCCGACUUGGAUAUGUUUAAUUCAGUUUAAUGAAGUUGUUUACAUUGAAAUCUAUAAAACGCAGUCAUUCGAAUGUUUUCCCAUCGGCUCACAGUUUGAAUGUUAAAAUGAUUCAGAAAAUCCUUAGAGCUAGUGUUUUCUACGCUAAAUAUCUAAGCCCACUAGUUUCAUUUCAUACUUAUGAGUUGCAUUGCGUUCUUUCAUGUAUGUACUUUUGCUUAAAUUAACUAAUACCAUUUUCUAUUGUUUGAUCGUGUUUUAUUCGAUUGAAAAUUUUAAACUCUUUCCUAUGAGGCAUUCCUUUAUCAUCUCCCCUUAAUAUCUGAGGGGUGAAUCUUAACACCUUUGGCUGCUGGAGCUACCUUCUUUUCACCGCUCAUUCCUUACAUUAUUACUAUGCAUUAUUUAGUGAUUAAAAACAGCCUCACAUAGUAAAAUGCAACGCAAAGGGCCAGAAUCAAAAUUCAUCUGAUGUGCUCGAUACAUUUCGUGGCUAGCCUCGCCCUCCACAUGAUCAUUGCGUGAUGGAGUGGACCUUUCUGUGGUCAAUCAAUACAUGAUAUGUAGAGGUGGGAUCUCUAAUAUUAUGAUUAUCUCCUUUCAGCUUUAGUCACGGCCUUAAUGGCAAGUGUUGCUGUUCUCAUUUAUUAUACGUCCCUUUUGCCGUAACACAGCACGCUAAGUAAAGGUAUGUGUGGUGAAAUUUUUCCCUCGUAAUGGGAAGUGGAAUGGACAGGUUCUGUACAUCCGACACAACAUAAAACUAGUUCUGUCUUUCUCCCAUAUACAGGGGGAGGUAAAAAAAAACUUCAAUCGGAAAUGCAAAGCACGAGUCAAGACCGCAGCGGCGGCAGAGCGUGAUGUACUUGAGGCGACUCAUCCACUCUCUAACGGGAAUGACGAAUUACCGGUGUGGUCCUACUCUGCCUGCGCAGUUUUGCAUCUAUAGUAAUAAAUCCUUGCGCCUUUCAAAUGCCAUACUGAUACGCUGCAAUGUGUAUAAUCGUGUCUUGCCCUAUGCUUUAUUAUCAUGAGUAGCCAUGUGUACUGUCAGUUACCUCUUAUUUUCUCCAUCAAAAUGGGUGAUUUUUUCCCCUUUACUCAAUUUCCUUACUUUUUUAUUAAUGCCCUUCAGCGGCUUUACGCACACAUUAGAGAAGCGCUAAACUGUUUCAUGUAUAUAAACCGAUUUCCUCCCCUACUCUAGUCUGCAGCUUACUAAAAUGUGAAUUUUUUGUUAGUUUAUUCCUUUCAGAAAGUCGCUUCGAUGGAUAUUAAUGUGUGUUUUUGUACGAUAGCAUCAUUUGUUCCGUCACGUUAUCUUUUGCAUCGUUAUGACUUGCUCAAGAAGGGAGCGGCUUCGGAUUUUUGCUCCGCUUUUUUAUUUACUUACUGUUUGUGCAGUCAUCACAAUAUUUAAUUAAUGCAUACACAA